UAACGUGUUUAUAAAUCCAACGACUUUAAUGUGUUAUGCAAUAACUUUGAGUCAACACAUUCUUUUUUUUUUUUUUUUUUUUUCUUGGACACAAUACGGACGAUAAGUGAACUUUCAUAGGAAAAAAAUAAACCCAUAUUGUUUAUGUUUGUCGCAUUGAACGUAUGUGAAAAAUCGCACGUGCACAGGUGAGUGACAGACAGGUGAGUGACAGACAGGUGAGUGACCUGCACUUCUGCAGCCUUUACACCGGAUACACACAUCCAACCCUGUACACAGUUUUUAAGGCUGCUAGAAAAGACAAGAAAUCCACAUGAGCACCAGAUUGCACCAUAUUAAAGAUCAUAUUUUAGCAGCAACUCAGUGUUCAGAAAUGAGCGCUCUGCCACCGAGUCCUCUCACCACUCACGUGCUGAACACUGGCCAGGGUGUACCAGCUGCCGGUAUGAGCAUCACGCUGUACUUCCUGGAUCCUUCGACGUCAGCUUGGAACCAUCUGACAGCAGGAACUACCAACAGUGAUGGACGUUGUCCAGGUCUCAUCACUAGAGAAGCCUUCAUUCCUGGUACCUAUAAGAUGCGCUUCGAGACAGGACAGUACUGGGAGGGACUGGAGGAGACCAGCUUCUACCCAUAUGUUGAGAUCGUCUUCACCAUCACUGAUGUUUCUCAGAAGUUCCACAUCCCAUUGCUCCUGAGUCGCUUUUCGUACAGCACCUACAGGGGAAGUUAACAAGUGCUUCAGACCGAUUCACGCUAAUCUGUCUGAUCCUGAUGUCAAGCUGAAGCUCAUCUACAUGUGAAAAAUACACUGUUGUCCUUACACGUCUGUUACAGCUCACUCGCGCGAAAAUGCUCGAUAUUUUAUUAUAAACCUACAGGUUAGCUUUGAGUGUUUUCCUGUUUCAGACCUUACUGACUGUCCUACUUUCUAAAUUGUCCUAAAGUAAAAUUGAUGUUUCAGUUCACAUGGGAAAUAUUACAUAACAAAAUAAACUGUACAUUCAAAGAAA